CUCAGGUCCAGUGUGUCAGACUGCAGCAGUGUGUUUGGCUUCAUUAGGUCUUUAAUGAGCUCCUCAGACAUGAAGGUUAUCACUGUGGUGGGCAGUGGGCUGAUUGGCCGCUCCUGGGCCAUGGUGUUCAUCAGUGGAGGCUUCAGUGUUAAGAUCUACGACAACCAACCAGGACAGUCCGCCAAGGCCAUCACAGAGAUCAGGAAGCAGAUGGAGGAGCUGGAGGAGGCCCACAUGCUGCGUGGAGAUCUGAACUCCACCCAGCAGCUCGGCCUGCUCAGCAGCUACGAUGACCUGGGUCGGGCUCUGGAGGGAGCCUUCUUUGUCCAGGAGUGCGUAUUUGAGCAGCUGGAGGUCAAGCAGAGCGUCUUCCAGGACAUCGAGCGACUUGUUGGCAAAGACGUCAUCCUGAGCAGCUCCACUUCCUGUCUGGUGCCAAGCAAGGUCUUCUCUCAAGUACAGGACAAGAGUCGCUGCAUCGUCUCACAUCCGGUUAACCCACCUUACUAUGUCAAACUGGUGGAGCUGGUACCUCACCCAGAGACGGCAGCAGCCGUUAUAGACACCACCCACUCCCUAAUGACCAAGGUCGGCCAGGCGCCCGUCCGUCUGAGGAAAGAGAUCGAUGGCUUUGCUCUCAACAGAGUGCAGGCGGCCAUUAUCGCAGAGUCCUGGAGGCUGGUCCAGGAUGGCGUUAUCUCUGUGAAGGACAUCGACCUGGUGAUGUCAGAGGGGCUAGGAAUGCGUUACGCCUUCAUAGGUCCCAUGGAAACGAUGCACCUCAAUGCACCUGCAGGUUUGGAGGACUAUAUGAAACGCUACGGAGAAGGCAUCACGAGGAUCCUGAACGCCUUCGGUCCCGUACCAGCCUUCUCCAGCGGCGAGGCGGCCAAGAGCAUCGUAAAUGAGAUGUGCGAGCUGAUUCCCAACGACCAGCAGCACCUGUCGGCCCGGAUGGAGCGGAGAGACCAGCUCCUCAUGGGUCUGGCCAAGCUGAAGAAGGAUCACUGAGAUCUGCACACAAGAAACCUGAUUAUAUGAAUGAAAACAAAUCUGUGAAAUGAAUCUACAGAUGAAAGCAGACAUAUUUUUAUUUGAUAAAUAUUGACAUUCGGCUAUAAUGAACAUUCGUGCUCUUAAAGUGCCUUUUAAUGGACGGCAUGUUUAAUCGUUGAAUUGAAGAAUGAUUAAAAGUUCUCAUCUCAGGUGCUACACACAAAUAACAUGAAUUAAUUCUGUGAAAAAUGUGAAAUUAUGAUUAAUAAAAAACAAUAAAAUCAUAUGUUUUCUUAUAUUUUCGCAAUAAAACAUGUUUAUCCUUUUAAUAAAAACUAAUAAA